ACCUGUCACGUGGGCAGUAAUAUGGCGGCUCACUAACAUUACCACACCCCGCAGUAGAUUCAGAAAAACUCCGAGUGAACUCACCUGGUUUGGUGGAUGAAUCAUUAAUUCUAAAGAGAAGUUAUUUACAUUCCAUAUAAUUAAAUAUGCGGUGGACGAUUCUCUUCUUUUCCGUAAUUCUUAUAUUACCUUACGUAUUUUCAUCAAAUACAACUAUCACAGACGAUGAGUCUGAUCCUUUGAUUUCCGGUUUAGACCCUUUCUUUAAACUAACACAUGGAUUUAUUAAGCUUAUCUAUCCUAAAACUAUCGUCGAAUUUAUGACUGAGGAGCUUGAUAUUAAAGUACAAGAAGUUGAAACUUCGGAGCAAGCAGAUAAAGCCUUGGAUGAUUUACAGGAUAGUUUCUCAGAUUGGCAGAAAUGGUUAAAAUUCUUUAAACGGUAUGCGGCUUGUGUAGUUUGUGGAGUAGUCGCAUUUGUCAUUAUGCUGUUUACCGGCUUCAUUUUAUGUUGCACGUGCUGUUGCCGAAAGUGUUGUUGUCACGACUGUUCUAACGAUGAAUAUCCUUCUCCAAAAGACAAAUCUUGUCGAAUUGUAUGUGGGCUACUUUUCUUUUGCUUUGUUACAAUGAUUCUGGCGGGUUCAAUACUAGGAUUUUUAGCUAAUAAAGCAAUCCAUAAUCAAUUAGAUACAAAAAGUUCUGACGGAGCAAUUUCUCAAAUUAAAGGUCAUUUAAACUUAAUUGACUCAUAUAUGGACACUGUCUUGGAUGAUGUUGAUAAUGCUAUAGAUAGUAUCCUCAUUUCAGAGGUAAAUAAAUUAAAAUCUAAAAUUCGUGGGCUACCAAAAGAUAUUGAAAAUAAGUUUAGACUUGAGACGGAUAUCACUGAAAUUACUAAUGAAGCAGUAGCUCUAAGUGAACGCAUGAAAAUCAUAAGCGAAGGAGUAACAUUUUUUGAAAGUAAAAGAAAACCUACUAACGAAUUACAGAAUUUAGUCAAUGACUAUAACAGUCUUAAAACUUCAUCAGGCUGUUCUAAUUGUCCAGAUUUUACUGGGCCAACUCAAUUGUCUAAUUUAGAAGCUGAAGCUACUACUUUAAGUAAUAUUGUAAAAGAUUUGGGGACAACAGUUGAUGCUAACUUUAAAAAUGGUACUAAAAAUGUAACUGACGAAGCUUUCGUGGACAUGGAAGAACAAAUAAAUAAAUUACUUGGGGAAGUUGAUCAAAUUAAAAUUUCAGUUUCAGACAAGAAAAGUCAACUAGACGAAAAUUAUAAAGAUAUACAGAAACCUUUGAAAGAUAUUAUUGUUGAUUUAAAUGAUCCCGACACUCUAGAUACAAUUGAUAGAAUAAAAAAUAUUAUCUUUUACGCUGGUAUCGGGGUUUGCAGUAUUGGAGCUCUUAUCUGUUUAUUAUAUUAUAUUGGUCUGUUGAGCGGUUGUUGCGGAGCCGCUCCAAAUGAAGGAUCAUGCAAUCGAUCCGUUGGAGGUAAUUUUCUUGUAUCAGGCAUUACGUUUACGUUUCUUUUCUUUGAAAUAUUGAUGGUCGCUUUAAUUAUCUUAUUUACCGUUGGAAUGUUUGCCCAAGGAGAAAUAUGUGGACCAUUGACGCCUAAAAUAGAAGAAUCUGAUACUAUUGAAAGUUUAAACAAGUUAAUCAGAAUUGGAAUGUUAAAAGGAAAUGAUAUGAAUUUAACUAUUGAUUUAAAAUUCACAAUGAGCGAAUGUAAAAAGGACGAACCAAUUUAUGAUGCAUUCAAAUUAGACCAGAUUAUUGAUUUAAAGAAAAUUCUAAAGUUUACAGAAUAUGAUUUUGAAGGAUUGAUUGAUAAAGCUAUAAACAACACUAAAAAUUCUAAACCGGCGGUGGUCAUAUGGAACAAUGAUAUGAACGAUGCAUACACAGCAAUAAAGGCAGCCAAAAUAGAAAAUAUUAACACUGGAAGUAAUUGGAAAGGUAAACUUGAUCUUGCACAAUUGAAAAGUAGCGACAAAGCGAAAGAAUUUGAGGAAUGGAUAAAAAAGUAUGAAAAAUUACAAAAUGACUUGAUUAAACAUGAUGAUUUAAUAAACGAAAAGAAAGCUGGAAUAGAUAAGGCCUGGGAUGAUUUGAAACAAAAGGCUCAAUCGACAGAGUCGAAUAUUCCAUCGAAAUUGACAUUAACCAUGGAAAUUGUUGUGAAGGGAGCUUUGCAACCCUUUAUAACUUUCACCAAGGACAGUAUAAAUAUUCUUAUUAAAGAGAUAGUGGGUUUGGGUAAGUGUAACAAACUCUACAAGGCCAUUAGCGGCGGAGUUGACACUCUAUGCCCAAAAACUGUUGAUCCAUUCAAUGCCUUUUGGUUCAGUUUGGGUUGGCAGCUAUUUUUUAUGAUUCCAGCAUUUAUUGUUGCGAUUGUUCUAAAUAAUCUUUAUAAAAAGCAAGACGAUGAAGAAGAUGGUUUUGACGAUUUUAAACCGUACGUUCAACAUGAUAAUGCGGCGUACAAUCCUCAUCCUACUUCUCCUCAUCAUGCUCAACCACCACCCAGCUAUCAUCAACAGUACCAAACUCCGCCCAAUGCUCCAGCACAUUAUGCACACAAUAACAUACCACAACAGCAGUUUGGUUACUAGUAGUCUCUUUUUUUCCAGACUUCAUUAAAAUUAGUAAAGAGUUAAUAUAUUUAUUAGUAUAUAUAUAUAUAUAUAUAUACAGUGUAUAUACAUAUAUAUACUAACGUAUAUAUCAACCCUUAUUCGAUGGUUACAUAUGCCAUUUAUAUCCAGAAUAUUUUUAUAAAGUAUUUUUUUUGUUUAAAAACUACAAAAAAAAACAAAUUAAAAACAAAUUUUAUGAUUCAUUUAAUUUUAUACUCUGAUUAUUAUGAAAGAAAAGAAGCAAGUUAAUAUAUUAAAAGAU